AUGGAACACCAACCAAACAAUGGCGUCAGUGACGGCAGCACAGCACCCAUCCCAGCCACCAACGGCGGCGCAGCUGGACUGACUCCCGAGCUCGCUGCGCCUGAUGCCAUGGCAGCCGCCAUGAUGAUGUCUGGCCAGGCCUUCAUCCCAGACCCUUCUCUCGGCACCACCGCCAUUCCAGAUCCGUCAAUCAUGGCCCCCAUGAUGUUCAGCAACGGCCAUGCCGCUGCCGGCCUCGCGCUGCCUGACAAGGCCAUCACAGCAGAUGAAAUCGCCCUCUAUGAUCGCCAGAUCCGCCUCUGGGGCAUGGCCGCCCAGGCCAAGAUCCAAAACGCAAACAUCCUCCUCAUCACCAUUAGAGCCCUGGCCAACGAGAUCGCAAAGAACCUCGUCCUCGCCGGCGUCGGCUCUCUCACCGUCCUCGACAGCGCCAUCGUCACCGAGGCCGACCUGGGCGCGCAGUUUCUCCUCUCCGAGGUGGAAUCCCCCGUUGGACAGAACCGCGCCGAGGCCGCCAGCGUGGCCCUGCGCAAGCUGAACCCGCGCGUCCAGGUCAUUGUCGACUCGGAGGGGGUCAAGUCCAAGGGCCCGAGCUAUUUCGCCAACUUUGACAUCGUCAUUGCUACGGAUCUGGAUCCGGAUUCGUUCAAUCUCAUCAACACGGCGACGCGCAUCAACGGCAAGGCCUUUUACGCGGCGGGCACUCAUGGCAUGUACGGCUUCAUCUUCAGCGAUCUGAUAGAGCACGACUACGUCAUUGAGCGCGAUCUGGGAAAUGUCGCCACCCAACUCAAGCAAGAGACGCGCACACGCUCCAUCGUCGACGUCAAGACCAAAAAGGAAGGCCCCAAGGUCAUCGAAUCCGUCACCAAGCGAGAGCUCUACUCGACCUGGUUCCUCGCCAGCGACGUCGCCAGCCUGCCGGAAGAGUACACAAAGUCCAAGCGCCGCCUGAAGAGCGUCUCCCCGGCGCUGUCCUGCCUGCGCGCCUUGUGGGAAUUCAUGCAGAUCCAGGGCGGCCGCAUCCCCAGCAAUCGCGAAGACCUUAAGCUGUUCACUCAGAUUGCCACGCAGAAGCACAAGGCCCUGAGCCUUCCCAGCGAAACCCUCAAGCCAGAAUUCCUUCGCAGCUUCUUGCAGAAUCUAGGCAGCGAAAUUGCCCCCGUCACGGCCAUUCUGGGCGGCCAGCUGGCGCAGGACGUCAUUAACGUUCUCGGCCAGAAGCAGCAGCCCAUACAAAACAUGGUUAUCUUCGACGGUACCACCAUGGAGGCGCUCAUGUAUCCCUUGCACCCAGAGGGCAUCCUCGGCGCCAACCUGCUCUCUCUAGGCGGAGGCGUCGAUACCUUGAUCCCCAACGGAGGCAUGAUGUUACCGCCAGACAUGUCCGUCCUCGGCGGCAACAUGGUCAUCCCACCUCUAGAUCCCAGUGCCUUGGCUCACCCCCACGGCAUGCCGCCCAUGGGCGAUAUGCCUGCAAUUACAAGUGCUGAUUUGCAGGCGCAGACUAUCGCUGCUGCUGCUGCUACUCAAGCCCCUGGCAUACCCACAGCAGCGGCGGUAACAGCGCCUCUCGCGCCUGCUCCGGUCACACAACCUGUACAACAAGCCAGUGCCAGUGCCAGUGCCAGUGCCCCAUCUAGUAUCCCUACAGAAGCACCAAUUCAGGAUGACCCUGCAACUUGA